GGCGGGUUGGUCCGCCCGAAAUAUCGGAUCGCGCGCGAGUUUCCCAAGUUAUUGCAGCAUGGCGGAAGAACAACAUAAAAAGCGGCCCCUAUCACCAUCCAUUGAUAAUGAGAUCAAUGGAUAUCAGACUACAGUGAAGAUGCCGAAAAUAGGGCCCAACACGCAUGCUAAUCCAAAGCCAAAAGUGUACGAAAACAGCCCAGCGCCAGCAGACGCGAGCAUAGACAAUGUGUGCUUCUCGGAAUUUGAGGAAGAUUGGACUGAUAUCGGCGACGAGUGCCAACAGGAACAACAACAAUACACCUUGGAUCUCACGACAUGGAAGCGAUGCCGGGUGCUUGCAGUGGUACGAGGCGACAAGCAAAACUUGAUCGUCACGGUAGAGGACAAGAAAAGUAAGGAAAGAGCCAAAUGUUGUUUGCUAUCUCCAUGGAACACCAUAGAGCACAUCGUUCCUGGGCUGAUAGUUUCAGUGCUGGCUGUGAAGCUACAGAAUCAAUUCGUCAUCGAUGCCAACGAUGGCAUGUUUAUUACGAAUCCCGAUUUGCUCAUCUCGGGAACCACAGUGGUGGGCUCGUUAUUCUGCUCAAGGCGUGGUGUUUUGCAGCAACAUUUUCGCCUGCUUGGCACGGAGAAUCGAGAGAUGCACAUCGGUACACUGGUUCACUCUGUUUUCCAACAAUGCCUCACGGACAACAACUGUCGCUCGCUACAAGAUAUAAAACACAUCGCCGAGAGCUGGAUCAAAUCGCCCAAUAUGGUGACGACUUUGUAUGCAUACGGCAUAAGCUCCGAUGAAGCAAUGGCGGCGAUGAGUCCGUACUUCGAAGAGAUUGAUAAAUUCUUUCGCAAAUACCUCAUGAAUAAGGCCACAAGACGAGAAACAGCCGUGGAGCCUGAAUUUAAAAUACACGCCAUCCAGGAUAUUGAAGAAAACAUCUGGUGCCAUCAGCUUGGGAUCAAGGGUAAGAUCGAUGUAACUGUAUCGGUAAUGCGUAGCGAUGGAAUGGGCGCAUCGGAACCGGAAGUAAUGCCACUCGAGUUGAAAACGGGUCGGGCAAGUUAUUCAUUCGAGCACGUUGGACAAUUGGUGCUGUACGAAAUGAUGAUGAAUCUUGUCGGUCACCGGGUAGAGGGAGGACUACUGCUGUAUCUGAGAGAAGGCAAAUGUAGCAAAAAAGUCAGCGAUCGUAAUAUGCGGCGCGAUUUGAUAUUGCUACGCAACGAAAUUGCUCACCAUUUCGAUCACUGGAUGACACCGUACGAACGCACCGGGGGCGAAAUGGACGCAGGAGAAGAUCCUCCCCUGUUACCAUCACUUCCGGAACCGAUUAAUCAUGAGCGAGCAUGUCGUAAAUGCCCUUACAAUACGAUUUGCACCGUAAUGGCAAAACGAGAUCCAUUGGCAAGGGAAUUGCCAGCAAACCACGGACUGUCCGUUAUAACAUCUGAAGCUUCCGGGCACCUUAGUAACUUGCACAUUGAUUAUUUCAUUCGAUGGACUGGCAUCAUCUACUUGGAGCAAAAAGACAUGGCGAAAGAUUACUGUGCACGCGCCCUGUGGACGAAGGACCCACAGCAUCGUGCCGCAAAAGGAUGGUGUAUCGUCGAUCUUCAACUGAUUAGCCCUGUACGGAUGGUCGAUGAUCGUUUCUUUCACACAUUCACAAUGAGUGAGCACCCAGAGUCAUUGCACGAACGAGCUGUUACGGAUGGGCUUCAAACAGGCGAUUACGUGAUCUGUAGUACGAACAAUCGGAUCGCAGUUGCUGCUGGCUAUAUUAUUAGUCGUGUAGGCCAUGAGCUCGUGCUGUCGCUCGAGCGGAAUCUGAAUGUGAAUUAUGCUGGAGAAAAAUUUCACAUAGAUCGUAGUGAAGGUUACAAAUCGACGGGGUUUCAUCUAUCCAAUCUGGCAAUGCUGCUAGCUAACACGGAUGAAGCGGAACGAUGUCGAAGAACUAUCAUCGAGCGAAUGAAACCAACGUUUGCUGAAGGUGUACUUCCGAAAGCACUGAUACCGCGAGCGAAAAAAAUGUUGCAAAAUUUGAACCGUCACCAGAAGAUGGCUGUACUGAAGGCGGCGGCCACUGAAAGCUACUGUCUCCUGAAAGGGCUGCCAGGCACUGGGAAAACGCAAACCAUCGUUGGUAUCAUUCGAAUUUUGUUUGCUCUCGGCAAGUCUAUACUGCUUACGAGUAACACUCAUUCCGCGGUUGACAACGUCCUAAAACGGUUAGCAUCGCUCGAAGAGCUGAAGUUCAUUCGGCUUGGCACCCUAGAACGCAUUGAUCCUGCGAUACGCUUUUCGUCAGCUGCCGUUAUGGCUGAGCAAUGUGAUACUCCGGAGAAACUGGCCAAACUGUAUGACGAAUUUAAAAUUGUUGCCGUAACGUGUCAGGGCGCGGCACAUCCGUUGAUAGAGCAACGGAAAUUUGACUACUGUAUCGUAGACGAAGCGACGCAGGUGUUCCAGAGCAGCAUCAUUCGACCACUGUUACAGUGCAAGCGUUUCUUAUUGGUCGGUGAUCCAGAGCAGCUUCCCCCAGUGGUUAAAUCAAAAGAAGCAAGAACUUUCGGCGGUGACGAAAGUUUAUUCCAUCGGUUGGACCAAGAAGGGGCUUACUGCAUAUUGCCGACCCAAUACCGUAUGAACCGGGUUCUGACGAAGCUGGCCAACGAUUUCACUUACGAUGGGAAGCUGGUGUGUGGCAACGAUAUGGUGGCGAAUAAUACGCUAAAGCUGCCACAGCUUUCGACUUUGCGUCAGAUGUAUGGGGUCGAGCGAUGGCUGAUGAGGGGGAUAUCCAACCAAAUCGAUCUAUCGGCAGUUAUGCUAGACACGGGUUACACUGGUCAGCUCAAUGAAUCACUACAGCUUUCCGAUGAUCAGCAAUUUAGCCUGGGCCAUGAACAGAGUUCGAAGGGUUCUUUGGGUUGUGUCAACUUGGCUGAGGUGGCACUCACGAUCUACAUAUGCGGUGCCCUGUUACGUGCCGGGGUGGACAGCAAAUCGAUUGGCAUAAUGGCCCCGUUUCGGGCUCAGGUGGACCUCAUAAGGCAACACAUGCAAGCGUUGUUACAAAAACAAAGAAGCACACGGCCUCCUCUUUCCGAUGCAGUUCAAUCGCCUAUCAAUACAGACAAAUCCAUACACGCAAUAUCGGUAGAUGACUGCGAUAUUGAGAUCAACACGGUCGACCAGUUCCAGGGGAAAGAUAAACAGCUUAUACUAUAUUCCUGUACGAAGACCGCCGCAGUGGCAAGAGAUUCGAUGAAGCUAGAAGCUGAAAAUACCGUCCAACCGUCCACCAUGAAUAGCAACGAAAUUUUAUUCGAUAAGCGCCGCUUGACUGUUGCGAUUACCCGUGCCCAGGUGAAGUUGAUCGUGUUAGGUGAUCGCCAGUGCCUGGAUACCUACACUCCUUUUAGCAAACUGUUUAAAGUUAUUCCCAACGUAGGCCACGUGAAGCUCAUCGACAAAAAAGAUGGCUUCGAGUGGCACAAUCUGUUCGACUCGCUUCGUUUACUCACUGACUGAAAUCUUCUUUUCAUCAGCGACUGUGCGGCUGCAUGGCUGUUCGUCUGUUUCUGUUUUGAUUGGCUUAUUUGUUAUAUGAUUGUGAAUAAAUGUGUUUCUUUAUUUAAACUACCUUAA